UGGCGCUGGUUCUCUGAAGCGAGGCCCGCGGCUGGAGCUCCGGGGCUGCGGCGCGGGCGCCAUGGCCUGCUGUCACAACGUUAUGCUGCUGCUGGACACCGCGGGCGGUGCCGCCGGCCGGAGCUCAGUCCGGCGGGCAGCCCUGCGCCUCCUCACCUACCUGAGUUGCCGGUUCGGCCUGGCCAGGGUCCGCUGGGCCUUCAAGUUCUUCGACUCUCAGGGGGCGCGGGGCCGACAGUCCCGCGUGUCUGACUUCCGUGAACUGGGGGCCCGCUCCUGGGAGGACUUCGAGGAGGAGCUGGACGCCAGGCUCGGGGCCGGCGCCCACGGCGCCCACCUGCCGGGCCCGGCGCCCAGGGCCAGCCACACGCACGGCGCCCUGAUGGAGACGCUGCUGGACUACGAGUGGGACCGGCCCGAGAUCACGUCGCCCACGAAGCCGAUCCUUCGCAGCAGCGGGAGGAGACUGCUGGACGUGGAGGGCGAGGCCAGGGAGGCCGAGGCUGCGCUCGGGGGCUUCGUGAACGCGGUCUUCCUGCUGGCUCCCUGUCCGCAUUCGCAGAGGGAGCUGCUGCAGUUCGUGUCCGGCUGCGAGGCCCAGGCCCAGCGCCUGCCGCCUCCCCCGAGGCAGGUGAUGGAGAAGCUGCUGCCCAAGAGAGUCCAGGAAGUCAUGAUCGCCCGAAAAAUCACCUUGUACUGGCUGGAUACCACCGAGUGGCCUAAGUUGUGGGAAUCCCCGGACCACGUUGGGUACUGGACAAUGUGUGAACUGCUCCACCUUGUAGGAGGCACUAUCUUACCCUCCGAAACUUUCAGCCAGGAUUGUACAAAAGCUGGGAAAAUACUGCUUGGUGGUGAAAAAAACCUGUCAAGUGAAUCUCCCCUCUCUUCAUGGAUUUCAAUUCUGCCACCUGAUGCCACUUUAAACUGUUUACUCUAUAAUUCUCCUGCAUACGAAGCCUCAUUUCCACGGACUGAAGGAACGUUAUUUCUCCCUCUUGAAGGGAAAGAGAUUCAAGAAACAUGGACAGUUACUCUAGAGCCCUUGGCCAUGCAUCAGAGACAUUUUCAGAAACCAGUCAGAAUUUUUCUAAAAGGCACAGCAAGCCAGUGGUCUCUCCCAGCAAGUAGCAGUUUGGGCACUGAUAGCUGGAUGCUGCAAAGUCCAGAGGAGAAUAAAUCAACUCAAAGGAUGUUAUUUCAGCAGCUGAUAAGCAGACUGACUGCCGACGAGGUACACUUGGUUGCCAGCGUGGACCCUGGUGAAGGCUGGCCCCCCAUCACAGGAGUUAUUUCCCCCCUCUCUACCAAUGCUACAAUUCUCACUGUGUUCCGCAUUGAGGAAGCUGAAUUUCAAAGACAUUUUUUCCAGACAGUUGUGGCAGAGAGCUCCCAGGAUACAGCUUCCCCUUUUUCUGAUGUUAUGGAUAUUGUAUUACAUCAGAUUCACAAUUCACUUGAAGAUCCAGCUACCUGCGCUCCUCUUGUUCCAGAGUGGGCCCAACAGGAGCUUGGCCGCACUGAUCCCUGGAAUGCAGCUGUUGUGGAGAAGUGGUUUCCUUCCUCCAACCUUAGUGGUGCCAGUUCAAGUUUGAUGGAGUCAUUUUGGUUACUACAGGCUGCCUCAUCUAAUAAGGAAGAGUCUUCCAAAACUGAAAGUGAAUUAACGUGUUGCCUGUCGGAGCUCUACCAAAGAAAGUCUCGGGAGGAAUCCAGUGUAUCCAAUCAGGAAGACAGCAAAAAGAAACGUGGGGUCCCUCGUACUCCAGUGAGGCAGAAAAUGAAUACCAUGUGCCGCUCUUUAAAGAUGUUGAAUGUUGCGAGGCUGAAUGUAAAGGCUCAGAAGUUGUGUCCGGAUGGCAGUCCAGAUGCAGCUGGGGAGAAGGGGAGUCGAAGGACAGCAGAUAAACUGGAAAACCGAGGAAGGAUACUAAGAAGCUCUAAGCCUAAAGAUUUUAAAACAGAAGAGGACCUCCUAUCUUACAUACAUGAAAAUUACCAAAAGACUGUGGCUGCAGGAGAAAUCACAUUGCAUUCAUGUGCUCGGAAUAUGAUCUCAACCAUUAAAGCGUUCCUAAAGUCCAAGGGCACCAAGGAAUUAGAAAUGACCUGCCUGAAUCAAGUAAAAAAUAGCCUCUUAAAAACUAGCAAAAGUCUUCGACAGAAUCUAGGGGGAAAACUGGAUGAAGAUAAAGUCAGAGAGUGCCAGCUUCAGGUAUUUCUUCGUUUGGAGCUGUGUCUGCAGUGCCCUUCUAUACAUGAAAGCAUCGUUGAGAUGGAGCAGGUGGUGAAGGAGGUGACAGACUUGCUGCGCAUGGUGUGUUUAACUGAGGAUUCGGCAUACCUAGCAAAGUUCCUGGAAGAAAUUUUGGGAUUGUAUAUUGACUCCAUCCCGAAGACACUUGGAAACCUUUAUGACAGCCUAGGGUUUAUGAUUCCACAGAAGCUGGCUGGUGUCCUUCCUCUAGAUUUUUUCAGUGAUGACUCCGUGACACAAGAGAACAUAUCACCCCUCCUUUCUGUGCCUCUUCUGUCAAGUGCUCAUAAGUCAGUGUUGGGUGGCACUGAAUUUGAUCAGUUGGAAGAGCUUCGUACCAGAUCAGCUAAGAAGAGAAGGAAAACUGCAUUAAUAAGACAUAAAAGCAUUGCAGAGGUUUCACAGAAUCUUCGACAAAUUGAGAUCCCCAAAGUGUCUAAGAGAGCUACAAAAAACGAGACCUCUCGUUCUACUGUUCAGCAGCCUCCACUUCCGGUGAAAGAUCCAGUACAAGAAGUGACCAAAGUUCGAAGAAAUCUCUUCAACCAGGAAAUGAUUUCUCCUUCAAAGAGAUCGGCAAAACGGGGGUUACCUAGAAGCCACUCUGUGUCAGCAGUGGAAGGUCUAGAGUGUAAACUUGACAACUUCAAGAGGACCAAAGGUUAUCACAGACUGUUGACUAGGAGUGUGGCUGAAACUCCAGUACAUAAGCAAGUGUCCAGAAGGCUUCUUCACAGACAAAUCAAGGGCAGGUCCUCUGAUCCUGGUCCUGAUAUUGACAUUGUUGAAGAGUCCCCAGAAAAAGGAGCAGACGAAGUAAGCUUGAGACGAAGUCCUCGAAUCAAGCAAUUGUCAUUUAGCAGGACAAAUUCUGGUUCCUUCUACUCUGGGUCUCAGCCAAAGUCUCGAAGUGUGCAAAGAGUUCACUCAUUCCAGCAAGAAAAGUCAGACCAAAGAGAAAAUUCUCCAAACCAAAGUAUUCGUUCUCCUAAGAGGCUGCUUUUUGGGGCAAUGUCUGAGAUGGUCAGCCCCUCUGAGAAGUGUUCAGCUCGAAUUCAAAGGCCUUCAAGAAACCCAUUGGGCUCUGACAUACCCACUGCAUAUCAGACUCCUAAGAAGAGUUACCGAAAAUCUCCAGGCUCCUCUAAAGCUACACCACAAAGGUUCCCCCGUACACCGCAAACUCCACUGUACACCCCUGAAAGGCGGCAAAAAAACCCUACAGAAGUGACCCCUAGCAAACAGGUCAUUUUUAAGGCAUCCUUAAAAGACUGCUCACCUGGCUGGGAUUCACCAUCUCCACCAAAAGUCACUCCUCGGAAAGGACGCUCCCUGGCAAAAGGAGGAACCUCUCCUCUUGAAAAAAAGAUACCAAGAACUCCCAAAAGGCCAGGUGGUCAGCCACCUGGAUUUCUGAAUUCAACUUGGCCACCUUCACAGACUUCCAGUCCAGAAAACACCUCCAGCUGGGCAGCCAUGACCAGGAGUGAGAGUCUGACUUCCAGCAGGUAUGCCCUAAGAACUCCUCCGAGAGCAGCAGCCUCAGGGCUACAAAGAGAAACCCCUGUGGAUCAAAAGCUCCCCCAUCCCUGUGUCCCCUGGGCUCCUCAGGUAGAGGAGCUAGCCCAGAAAUGGAAGGAUAAAGCUGUUUCAGUCCCCAAGACACUGGAGAGUACAAAUCUGAUUUCUCUCCCACCUCCUCCUCCAGAAAAACCUUUGACCUCUCCCUUAGGUGAGAUUUCCACAAAAAGUCCAUUUUGGAAAUUUUCGAUAGAAUCUCCUCCCCCUGAAGAACUGGAUUGGGAAGAGCCCCAGAAAGCACCCACUGUAUCCUCGUCUCUCUCCUGCCCUGUGCCCUCAACGCCCCCCAGAACCUCACUGAUAGCCCAGUCUGACCCCAUGCCCCCUUUGUUCCCUUCUAAAAUUGGAAAAAGGCAGAGAGACACCUCUAAUCUUGAAAGCAGCUCCUUGCAGCGUCAGCCUAGUCCCUUUGCUGCUCCUAGGGUUACCACAGCUAGCAACCUAGCUGCCAUCACAGAUGCCAGAAAAGACCAGAAGGAAGCAACCCUCUCUCCUCAGCCUUCUCCUGAAAGACACAGUUACUGUGGGACUGGCUUCAACAGUGACUGGCGUCUGUCCUCUCCUCUGCUUAUUGUGAGCGACACAGAGUAUCUCACUCUCCUGGACGAAGCAGAGCACCAUGGCAGUAAUGGCUUACAAAGUCAUGUCACACCAGCGGAAGAAGGUGAGGCGUCAAGGAUUGUGGUUACCUGUGAGCAGCCUUCUCUGUCGCACCACGGGCUUCCUCCAUCCCCUCAGCCCGGCUCACCUCCGACCCUGUCAUAUGACCUGCGCUGCACCGCAGACAGGAGGCAGCGCCAGGCAGCCUCCCAGCUAGAGAACCUGCGAGCUUCAUCUUGGUUUCCCAAAGCCUCUGCCAGCCCACAGACCUAUGAGGUGGAGCUGGAGAUGCAAGCUUCUGGCCUUCCUAAGCUUCGAAUUAAAAAGGUAGACCCCGGCUGUCUAUCUGAAGCUGAUCCACCACAGAAGGUGGGCUCCCUGGGAGAGGAGAGCUCCCUCCCUGGACUCAGCAGCAUGUCCCAGGCCAGUAAGGCCUCAGGUAAACCUGAAGCCACCUACAUGUCAACCCCCUGCCUGCGCCCCGCGCACAGCACCCCCGGCAAGAGCGGAGGACAGACCUACAUCUGCCAGUCCUGUACCCCGACCCGCUGCCCCUCCAGCACCCCCUCUCCGUUUCAAACAGAUGUCGGUGUUCCUUGGACCCCGUCUCCCAAGCACGGCGGGAAGACCACUCCUGACACCAUUAAAGACUGGCCCCGGAGGAAGAGGGCAGUGGGCGGCAGCUCCGCUGGCAGGAGCGAAGUCGGCACUGACUUUCCUGCAGGCGUGUCCCUGCUCGAGCCGGAACACAGGGAGCGAGCAGGCCUUGAACUCAGCAGCUGUAGGACUCCCCUCUUGGGGGAUUUUGAGCUUGAGGGGGUGUGCCAACUGCCAGAUCAGUCACCUCCCAGGGACAGUGUGCCUCAGGCUGAGGAAGCCUUCUGGGGACAGUUUGGGUUGGGCUCCAGGAAGAGGCUCCUUCCUGCCAAGGAGGAAGCGGAGUGUCAAGCCAAGAGAGCGUGUGAUGAGCAGAGAGGAGACACAGACCAUAGCAGGAGUGAGGAGCACUCUCCGAGUAUGAGUGGGCGGCACCUCCCCUCCACAGGGGACAACGAGGUGUUUAUUUCUAGUUCCACACCCCCGGCAGGUUGUGCGGUGCGGAGCUGCCUUUCCACCAGCAGCCUGCAGGCACUCACCCAGUCUCCACUGCUCUUCCAAGGGAAGACCCCUUCUUCGCGAUGUCACGAAGCCAGAGAUGAGGAUACAGAGGUUUUCCCCACCACGGCUGAAGAAUCUCCGUUCAGCCGAGCAAUCUCCAGGAGACGCCCCAUCAGCAGAACUUACUCACGAAAGAAGCUGAUUAGCUAGUUAGGACAGAACUGGCCAGGGGACUUAUAACAACACUACCAAGCUGAGCUAGAACCCCUAUACUCCCUACACAGAGGAAGUGUGCCAGGAGCAGUUUUCUGUGGACAGGGUAGGAGUUCAGGCUCAUACCACAGAGGAAUUCUUACAUAGACACUCAGUUCGCUGAGCCAGGGCCCAGCUUAUCUGUCCUACAUUAACCCUGGGCUUGCUGCACAGAAACAUGAAGAACCAGGGCUCCGUGGAACUGAGGAAGCUCAAAGAUGGAAGUCAGCCCAGUCCCUGUGAGCAUAAAGGAACAGGGGGGGCCUGGGCCUGCACCUCUCUUACUGUCCUCUAUCAAUUCUGACAAGAGUGCCUUAGGGGUUUUAAUCCUCUUGGAAUGUGUCCUUCCCACCUGGUACCCCAAUCCCCCACCCUAGCCCCCUUGUUAGGGAGGUGGUAUAGCUGGUGCCCUAACUCAGCCUGGGGGUUGGGGGCAAACGGAAUUGUAGGGGCUCCCAUUCCAGCCCUAGCCUCUGAGAGACCAAGGCAAGUCCGACAACCCCCCCAUCUCACUUGUGAAGUAGGAGAAAGGGCUCCCCACAGGUCCCUUGAAAAGUUGAAGGCUGUGUCCCAUGGCAGAAUAAAUUUCUUUCAUUCCUCAUGUAAUAAAAAAAUCCUCUCUGGCUACUUAGUUAGCAUUCUGGGCCUUUCUGUUUAAGCUCACAGUCUCUGGUUGACUCACUCAGGCCGAGCGCUAG